GUCCUCAGAGGAGCACAUCAGCCAUGCCUAUCACCUGCUGAUGACUCGGCUCAACGAGGAGCACGCCGAGAUGCGCUUCUCGGCUUUCCAGAUCGUGCAGGAGUUGUUCACCCGAUCCCAUCAAUUCCGGAUGCUGAUUAUUUCCAACUUCCAAGAGUUCUUGGAGCUCACAGUGGGGAUAGACCAUGAGCAGCCUCUUCCCCCACCCAAAGAGGUGGCACAGAAGCUGAGGAAAGCUGCCAUUAAGUCGGUGCAAGACUGGCACGAGAAAUAUGGAGAGGCCUACAAGAAGCUUGCUCUGGGAUACCACUUCUUAAAGCAGAACAAGAAGGUGGAUUUUCAAGAUGUGCAUGCCAGAACUGUGGCUGAAAGGAGGAGGGAAGAGGAGAAGCAAAAACGACUGGAUAACAUUUACAAAGAAAAAGCCAAAAGAGCUGAAAAAGAAAUGGAAGAAAUGUCCCAAGAGGUUGCCAACACGCUGACAGAGAUGGAAAACUGUUUCCGACUUCUGAUGCCAGAUCCUUUUGACUUCACUGUGAAUGAGACAGAGCUGGAACCCAACAAACAAAUGACUGCUAAUGACGAUAGACCUGCAUCCUCCUUGUCUUCCCAGGUGGAAGUUGACCAGUCCUGUUUUGGAUGUAUGGAUGAUGAACAGCCAUGCUGCAGCAAGGACAUUCUCUCUGUUUCUCAGUGUGUCAGAACUGAUAAAAACAAAGAGUUAGAAGAGAAACAGGAGAAACUGGAGCAGAAAGAAUUAGAUGGAGGCACAUGCUUGGAAGUUCAGUCUGAUGCCCCCGCUCUCAAUGAUGAUGAUUACCAGACUUUUGUUAGGAACCAUGGGCUUAUUUCACAUAAAUAUACUCUCGACCUUGAAAUCUCCACAGAUAUAAAAGUGGAUGAGAAUGAGGAUAAUACUGCCAUAAUAAACAAUGUCAUGGAUGCUCACAAACUCCUCAGAAAUAAGUUCUGGCCAUCUGUGCAGUCCUGGAUUCAGUUAUUUACCAGAGCAGGAAUAAAUGAUGAUCGGCUAAGAUGUGCCAUUGAUCUCAAGAAUAAAUUGGAGACUGCUAUGAAGAAAUACAAGGAAAUGAACAUUUCCUUUAAAGAGAGGAAAAGAAAAGUG